GCCUUUCACUUUCCUUCCUGAGAAACUUUCUCGCGGAUCUCUAUUCGCCCUGAUCCUUUAACUUCAAUCAAAUUUUUCUCAUUACAACUCCUCGCAUUAAUUCUAAUAGUCUGCUUUCUCCUUUCCGUUAACAGUUCUGUCCUAGGCGCUUUCUAUUUAGGAUAGUUCUCUAGUGACAGCAAUCGUGUUCGAUUACAUACUGAAGUUCGGUGCAAGCAUCUGUUGAGUGUGGUUUCAUCCUGUGUGACGUUUCGCCGCCUUCUCUUUUUUGUUUCGUUGAAUAUUUUUUCUCACCGAGUUCUGAUUUGAAGAAAAAAAAUAAUAAAAGGCGCACUGAUUGUUGUUUACUGUGUCACCAGGAAUUACUUUAAGAAUUAACUUCAUCAUAUAACUACCAAUGCGUGGAACAGAUGAACUCCUCUCUCAAAGCGGCGGUGCUGUCAGUAACGGGAACGCCAUGAGUCCCGACGCUAAUGAUAAUGAAAAUAACAAUGACGCUAAAAAGGUGAAAUUGGAGAAAACCCAAACUGGAAAACCAUCGCGUGUUGUUCAUAUCAGAAAUGUCGCCACCGAUGCGACAGAGACGGAGAUAAUUCAUUUAGGAAUAUCGUUUGGACGAGUGACCAAUGUAUUGCUUCUCAAGGGAAAAAAUCAGGCUUUUCUGGAAAUGGCUGAUGAAGCAUCAGCUGCUUCAAUGGUGAGCUACUAUGCUAAUUCUGGAGCUCCUCUCAUCCGUGGCCGAAAUGUUUAUGUUCAGUUCUCUAAUCACAAGGAGCUUAAGACUGAAAACGCUCAUGCAACAGGAAAUAACACAGCACAGGCAGCAUUACAAGCUGCACAAGUUUUGCUAAAUCAUACAUCUGAUACUCAAGGUGGGCCAAAUACUGUUCUCAGGGUAGUUGUUGAUAACCAGCUGUAUCCAGUUUCCUUGGAAAUAUUGUACCAGAUUUUCUCAAGAGUUGGAAGAGUUCUGAAAAUCGUUACAUUUACCAAAAAUGGCACAUUCCAAGCUCUAAUCCAAUAUCCUGAUGUAAUUACUGCACAAGCUGCCAAGUUGUCGUUGGAUGGCCAAAAUAUUUACAAUUCUUGCUGUACGUUACGAGUAGAGUAUUCAAAACUUUCCAAUCUAAAUGUAAAGUACAACAAUGACAAGAGUAGGGACUUCACUAAUCCUACAUUACCAACUGGAGACCCGACUCUGGAUAAUUUGGGCUUGCCUGGUUCAAUGGGUGUUUUGGCGUCUCCUUUUGCUGCCCAUGGAUUAGGAUCACCUUUAACUGCUGCAUAUGCUGCUGGCGCAGGAGGACUACCUCUUGGAAGCUUUGCUUUGUCACCUGCAAGUACUGCUGCAGCUUUAGGUGUUGCAGGAUUAAGACUUCCUGGUCAACAUCUGAGUACUGUGUUACUUGUCAGUAAUCUCAAUGAAGAGAAGGUCACACCUGAUGCUCUCUUUACCCUUUUUGGAGUAUAUGGCGAUGUGCAACGGGUAAAAAUCCUUUUCAACAAAAAAGACAAUGCUCUUGUACAAAUGGCAGAACCUCAACAAGCACAGCUUGCCUUAACACAUUUAGACAGAAUUAAAGUGUUUGGCAAACCAAUGAGAGUUGCCCCAUCUCGACAUCAAGUUGUACAAAUGCCAAAAGAGGGUCAGCCUGAUGCUGGACUGACUAAAGAUUACAGUAGCUCACCUCUACAUAGAUUUAAAAAGCCAGGAUCUAAGAAUUACCUCAAUAUCUAUGCGCCAUCUGCAACGUUGCAUUUGUCGAACAUUCCACCUAGUGUAACAGAGGAGCAAAUUAAGCAGGCAUUUGUUGAUGAAGCUGGUGUAACAGUUGUCGGCUUCAAAUUUUUCCCGAAGGACCGUAAGAUGGCUUUAAUACAAUUGAAUUCAGUUGAAGAAGCAGUUAUUGCUCUCAUAAAAAUGCACAACUACCAGCUAAGUGAUUCAAGUCAUCUGAGGGUGUCAUUCUCCAAGUCCACCAUUUGAAGCUUACCUUGUGGAUCCAUUUAGUCUGUGAUACAUGGAAGCAAACAUAAAACCAACAAUGUUCAUUCAAGAGUUGAACUUUAAAACUUGUAUAGUCAUUCAUCGUGCAUCAUGAUGUUUUGAUAUUUAUCUCCAAAGAAAGACAAAAAGCUGCUGCAUCCUUAAUUAUUUUUUUUUUCUUAUUGUUUGUGUAUGUGUUUUAGUGUUCAUCAUUUUACUAUGAUCAGUUUAAGUUAUGAUAGAGGGGGGGGGAUGUGAAUUUUUCUUUAUAUUAAAAGAUGCAGUAGUAAGCUUUUUAUCUUAUCUUUGAAGAUUCCAUCAUUAACCUGACUUCUAAAUGAUCGAACUUAAGAUAAAACAAUAGUAUUUCUUGGAUCCUAUUUCUGCAUCUUGUGUGUCAGAUGCAGAUUUUAUUCCAAUUUCUCAUUUCUUUUCAUAUUAGUAUUUUUUACCUUGCAUUUCCGUUAUUCUCCCCUUUUCGGGUGGGUCUUUGCUGCUUCGUAUCACAGACCUAAGUUUUCACACUUAGGGAGAGAUAAACUAAGGGAUAUGGGUUUUUGUCGACAUUGUCUUUUAUAUGAAAAUUUUUCUGUAUUUUUGCAUACAUUUUUUUGGUCUUUCGAAAGAAAAAGCACAUGUAAAUGGUCCUUUAUUCUAUUUUUUUUCAUGUAUUAUACUAAAAUCAUUACCUUGAGUAAAAUCGUAUGUGUCUUCUCCUAAUCUGAUUCCAAAAUAUUUACAUGUACACUUUAAUCUCGAAUGAAACAUUGAUUUUUUUUGUCUGCUUUGUAUACCUGCUGUUGCUAUAGUAGUUUUUCAUUGUUGCUCUAUUGUGGCACGCUGGCACAUGCCUCCAAUAUGUUUACAUUCUUUGAUGUUUUUCUAGUGUUGAGUGAUAGUAUACUUUUCUAUUGUAUAUUCUCUCAAUCUGUUUAUUUUACCUUUCUGGAAUGCAAUUCAGGAUUUCAGAAUAUUGUGUAUAAAACUUUCAUUUUGAUUGUUUUUUUUUUUUUUUUUUUUUUUCAAUUUCUAGAACAAAAAUAAUUUGAUUUGUCUGUAAUUCCAUGACUUUUUUUAAAAAAAAUAUCAGAUCACAGUUUUAGCACCCUGAAUCAAUCGUUACUGGAGAAUAUCUUAAAUCUCUUAACUAUACGAAUGUAUAUAAUUUCCAGGAAUUCGAAGAUAAUCUUAUCUGAUCGCUGUUUUAAUAAAUUUUUCCAAAAUCAUCCCCAAAAAGUCACGAACAUAAUCAUGUGAUUGUUAUUUAAAAAAAAUCUUUUACAGAUUGUAGAGUAUAUUUUUAAGAGUAUAUUUGAUAACUGUUAUUAAAUACUUUAUUUUUCAUCUGCAAAAUAGUAAAGCAACAUUCCAUUUGCAGAUGCAUUUGUAUUUUUUCAUUUCUAAAGUAUAUAUCAUAUUUUUCUGUAUUUACACUUUAAUAGCUGUAGGCAAGGAUUGAUUGGAAGUAUAUUGUACACAUUUUAUCGACCUUUCAUACAGGCAGUGUGCAUUAAAAGGUUUAAGACAAAAAGGACCAUAUUAGCUUUAGAAAAUUUGAUAGUUUUUGUGUACAGCUUUUAUCACUCAGCAGAUAGUAACAGAUCUGCUCACCUGUUUUUAUAUGAAGUGAAGUUCUUAUGCGGUCAAGCUUUCUAGGAGUUUAAAUGGAAAAAAAGAAAUUAAAACAACAAUAACAAAAAGGAAAAAAACCUGCCAAAAUAGAAAGUUACAAAGACUGUUGUAUAGAUGAGUUUUCAUUGCCUUUAUACGAACACACAUAUUAAAUCUUUUAACUUGUUGUGCCUUGAUGCAUAGCUAAUGUGAGUUCUUGGUUUUCCUCUACUAUGAGCUUAUGAUAUUCCAAACAUUAGUAAUUUAGAAAAAAAAAAAAAAAGACUUGUAUUUUGCUCUUGAUUUUUUUUUUUUAUUGGUACGUCAUUACUUUUUCACAAAUUACAAUGUACUCAAAAGCUGGCUUUUGCAAAUUUAGCCAGAUUAGUUCAGGGUUCUCAGUAGGUUAUAAAUAUAUUUAUGUUGCCACUGCUAAUCCCAUUCAUUGAUUGGUGGUUUAAUUAAAGAACGCUUUCCGUCCUGCGUUCUGACUGUUUUCUACCUCUAAAAUGGCAAAGUUUUAAGUGCAAGAGCCUACUGUUAUUCUGAAGAAAUUGUUUAGAUGGCUACCUCUUGGUUAACAUGCAACAUUUUUAUCAACCGCAACUGUUUUUAACUGUUUUGUAAUUUUGUUGUAGUAUAAAUGUUUAUUCUGAAUGUAAGGCAAUCUUCUGUCAAAAACAUUUAACUGUUAUUCAUUAUGCAUGAAAAUGAUAAUUGUAAAGUGGUUAUUUUAUUUAGUUAAUUUUUAAAAAACGAUUCAACUAUCUGAAAACUUUUCACAUCAGUCCUGUUGUUGAAAAAGAAAAACCCUGUUCUAAUCUUAAUAAGAAAGAAUAUUGUAAAUGAAGCAUUUGUUGAAAGUUGCUGAAAUGCUUGAUAUCAUAUCAUGUAUACUAUAUAUAAACAAGUAUUCAUACUAUAUGCAUGAUAAUUAAAUGUGUAUGCACACAACACAAGCUGUGCCUUCUAACAGGUGCUACCUUUUUUUAGCACUGUUUUGCUUGUGACAAAAAUUAAUCUUUUAUAAUUAUGUACCAAAAUAAAUAAACAUUGUCUUUACAUUUAA